CCGAUGCGACCGAUCUCUGGUCACGAUCGGCGGCGAGCCAGCAGCCUGAGAAUCGAUAUCCCAUCCGUAUCCAUUCCCAUGGCAGCCUUCUCCCCCGUCGCCGAAGUGCUGCCCACCAACCCGACCCUCGAUCCCGGCCCCGGUUCCCAUCCAGCCCGCACGUCCCAGCGAUCGAUCACUGCACCGCCAUGCAGACCACCAGCGCCGGCAUCAGUUCCCAUUCCUGUGAUGCUGCAGACCAUCACUGCUGGGCCAACCUCGCCGGCACCGCCCUCGCCGCUGAUAUCUCCGCCCCGGAUAUCAUCGCUCUCGGCUGCCACUCGUGCAGUACCGCAUCGCCUUGAGCCAACCACCCCGACAGUCCUGGGUCCAUCAUCGGCAGCCGGUCCCCCGGUGCUCCCACCCGAACCACCGAGGCGAACCCGCAAGCAUCCGCUCAUCCCGCCGGCAUACUUGACUCUGCCAGUGCCGCCGUCUCUCGAUCCCAGCCCCUCUUCUCCUCUGUCUGCGAUUCCGUCGUCGCCGUUCCCGCUGCUGGGCAACACUCGAGAUCAACAUCGUCCAGACUGGCCCGCUUCAUCCUCGCUUGUUUCAUCCUCGCUUGUUUCAUCUUCGCUUGUUUCAUCCUCGCUUGCCCGCCAGCAGACCGUAUCAACCUCCAACCUGGUCCCACAUGCGCAUGAUCGAGACGAGUCCAUAGCCGAGCCUCCGCCGGCACCGAGGCGUAUUCGUUCUUGCCCAGCGUCGCUGAGCUGGCAGUGUGUGUGCAUAGACCGGGCCAGUCUGCAGCGCUGUGCAGCACACAUGACGUCAAUGCAGGGCAUCCCGCUGUUUGCCGUAGGAUUUGUCUUUGUCGACGUCAUUGCCGUGUGCGCAACCCUGUCCAAGUCUGCGGCCUUGAUCUCGAUUGGCGACUGGCUCUUGGGUGUCAUCAAGCUCAUCGACGCCCUGAUUUUGGUCUGGCUCUUUGGAUGUCACAAGAUGGUCCAUGUCGUGUACAUGAGUUGCCUGUGGCUUUCCUUCUUUACAAUCUUUGACGGAGUGCUUACCAUGUCGUCGAUCAAGGAUAUGCUGGGAAACAUUUCGCUCAUGCCGUCGGCCAACCACACACUCGAUGGGAUAGGCGUGUGCGUGCUGUUGCUGAUAACCCUGCUCAGGAUAUACUUUCUGUGUCUCGCAUGGCGUCUCUGGUAUCAAAAGAUCCAAGAUGUCGAUCUGGGAGGAUCAAAUCACGACGACUCUGUCGAUGGCCAGCUCGACGAUUGUCUGCCGGAAUACGAGCCGCGGCCACCGAGCUACAAGGAGCGAGAAAGCAUCCAGUUCUUCUCGGCUGCUCGUGCUGGUCGCAGGACAGGUGCUAGAGAAGCCCCCGAGCCAGUGCCUGUUUCUUCAACGGAGACUCAAGGCGAGAUGAGGGCCGAUGCAGAACGACGCGGCACAACCAAGUCUCAUGUUUCGGAGAUCAUGCCCGCGGAACGAGAAGAGUGACUGCCGCCCGAUGGAGGCUGCCAACGCUAUGCGACCAGGACAGAGGACGUGCGACUGUGGUGACCCCUCCGCUGAUGAGAGAUGCUGGUGUCAGACAAUAGAAGCGCUUGCAAUGGAUGCGCGCCAGUCAUGGGCGAGGCGACAUAUUGAAGCGGCAGUCGGUUCCGUAUGCUCGGGGUCGGUGCACACUCGCAAGCAACAACAUGACGUAGAAUUGCCGCC